AGAACCAACUCUAUCAAUUUACUCAUACCUAUCCUCACUCAACUAUCUUCAUAAUGAAGCCUCUUUCAUUCUUCAGUGUGCUUCUCGCUGCUUCGGGAAUUAAUGCUACGGUGACCAAUCUUCCCACGAAAGACGUGAAAUGCAGUGGUGUCAGCCGCGCCUUCAAGCCUUCGGAUAUUGAGAACGCUGGAAACGCCGCUAUUCAACAUAAGGAUAGUCCUAUUGGAGCUCGAAAAUACCCUCAUAGAUACUAUUUUGAUCGUCCUGACUGCCCCGGUGACCUCUAUGGGUUCCCGCUCAGUUGGACAAUUGCCUACACGGGAGGAGACCCUGGACUCGUUAGGGGUAUUUUCACCUUCCAAAAGGUUGGAAAUACUUGGCAGGCGAGAUACUGCGGUACUUACGCCCACAAGACGAAGCCUGGCGACAACAACUUUUAUAUCUGUAACUAAACUAGCUAGCUCCUUUCGGGCUUGCAUAGAAGUAUUAGUCUCUGCAAUGCUGCAUUACUGCAUUACUGCAUAUGAAUGAAUAGUGCUAAUUGACUUUUUCUAAUCUCCUCUUGUCACUUCCGUGACCAUAUGUGGUGGGGGAAAUAUAGAGCGCUACUACGUAAUAAAUGAUUCCAGAUGUAGACCCUUCUCUGUGCUCAACAUUCAAUAAAUAUUGCCUUCCUUAUUCCUUCUUCUCAAAUAGCUCCAAAACAUUUCUGUUUCCACACGCAGCAGCCGCGUCAAUCGCCGUCUGCUGGGCGCCAUCCUCCAUCAUGGGAUCGAGCCCUAUAUCCAUAAGCUCCUGAAAUCGUUCG